CCCAGGCCGAAGUUAGUUGUGCGCGCGCCGCUUGGUGCGCGGAGCUAGCGAGCGAGGGAGGCGGCGGAGCUCCGCGGCCAUGGGCUGGGGGAGCCGCUGCUGCUGCCCGGGACGGCUGGACCUGCUGUGCGUGCUGGCGCUGCUCGGGGGCUGCCUGCUCCCCGUGUGCCGGACGCGCGUCUACACCAACCACUGGGCGGUCAAAAUCGCCGGCGGCUUCCCGGAGGCCAACCGCAUUGCCAGCAAGUACGGCUUCGUCAACAUAGGACAGAUCGGGGCCCUGAAGGACUAUUACCACUUCUACCAUAGCAGGACUAUUAAAAGGUCAGUUCUCUCAAGCAGAGGAACCCACAGUUUCAUUUCAAUGGAACCAAAGGUGGAGUGGAUCCAACAGCAAGUGGUGAAAAAACGGACCAAGAGGGAUUACGACUUCAGUCAUGCCCAGUCUACUUACUUCAAUGAUCCCAAGUGGCCAAGCAUGUGGUAUAUGCACUGCAGUGACAACACGCACCCCUGCCAGUCGGACAUGAACAUUGAAGGAGCCUGGAAGAGAGGCUACACGGGGAAGAACGUCGUGGUCACCAUCCUGGACGACGGCAUUGAGAGAACCCACCCGGACCUGAUGCAGAACUAUGAUGCUCUGGCCAGUUGUGACGUGAAUGGGAAUGACUUGGACCCAAUGCCUCGUUAUGACGCGAGCAACGAGAACAAGCACGGGACCCGCUGUGCUGGAGAAGUGGCAGCUGCAGCGAACAACUCUCACUGCACAGUCGGAAUUGCUUUCAACGCCAAGAUCGGAGGGGUCCGGAUGCUGGAUGGCGAUGUCACCGACAUGGUCGAGGCGAAGUCGGUGAGCUUCAACCCGCAGCACGUGCACAUCUACAGCGCCAGCUGGGGCCCCGACGACGACGGCAAGACCGUGGACGGCCCGGCGCCGCUCACCCGGCAGGCCUUUGAGAACGGCGUGCGGAUGGGGCGGAGAGGCCUGGGCUCCGUUUUUGUCUGGGCGUCGGGAAAUGGCGGGAGGAGCAAGGACCACUGCUCGUGCGACGGCUACACCAACAGCAUCUACACCAUCUCCAUCAGCAGCACAGCCGAAAGCGGAAAGAAGCCGUGGUACCUGGAAGAGUGCUCUUCCACCCUGGCCACGACCUACAGCAGCGGAGAGUCCUACGAUAAGAAAAUAAUCACUACGGACCUGAGGCAGCGGUGCACCGACAACCACACCGGGACGUCAGCCUCCGCCCCCAUGGCUGCGGGCAUCAUCGCACUGGCCCUGGAAGCCAAUCCGUUUCUGACCUGGAGAGACGUGCAGCAUGUUAUUGUCAGGACUUCCCGUGCAGGACAUUUGAACGCUAAUGACUGGAAAACCAAUGCUGCUGGUUUUAAGGUGAGCCAUCUCUAUGGAUUUGGACUGAUGGAUGCAGAAGCCAUGGUGAUGGAGGCGGAGAAGUGGACCACUGUUCCCCAGCAGCACGUGUGUGUGGAGAGCACAGACCGACAAAUCAAGACAAUUCGCCCCAACAGCGCAGUGCGCUCCAUCUACAAAGCGUCGGGCUGCUCCGAUAACCCCAACCACCAUGUCAACUACCUAGAGCAUGUCGUUGUGCGCAUAACCAUCACUCAUCCCAGGAGGGGUGACCUGGCCAUCUACCUGACCUCGCCCUCAGGAACCAGAUCCCAGCUUUUGGCCAACAGGCUUUUUGACCACUCCAUGGAAGGAUUUAAAAACUGGGAGUUCAUGACCAUUCAUUGCUGGGGAGAACGAGCGGCCGGAGACUGGAUCCUUGAAGUCUACGACACUCCCUCUCAGCUGAGGAACUUCAAGACUCCAGGUAAACUGAAAGAGUGGUCUCUGGUGCUCUACGGCACCUCUGUGCAGCCCUACUCACCAACCAACGAGUUUCCUAAAGUGGAGCGUGUCCGCUACAGCCGAGUGGAGGACCCCACCGAGGACUAUGGUACAGAGGAUUAUGCAGGUCCCUGCGACCCUGAGUGCAGUGAAGUCGGCUGUGAUGGGCCAGGACCAGACCACUGCAAUGACUGUUUGCACUACUACUACAAGCUGAAAAACAACACGAGGGUCUGCGUGUCCAGCUGCCCCGCCGGCCACUACCACGCCGACAAGAAGCGCUGCAGGAAGUGUGCCCCCAACUGCGAGUCCUGCUUCGGCAGCCACGGCGACCAGUGCCUGGCCUGUAAACAUGGCUACUUUCUGAAUGAAGAGGCCAACAGCUGUGUUACUCACUGCCCUGACGGGUCCUACCAGGACACCAAGAAAAAUCUUUGCCGGAAGUGUAGUGAAAACUGCAAGACAUGUACUGAAUCCCACAACUGUACAGAAUGUAGGGAUGGGUUAAGCCUGCAGGGAUCCCGGUGCUCCAUCGCCUGUGAGGACAGACAGUACUUCAAUGGCCAGGAUUGUCAGCCCUGUCACCGCUUCUGUGCCACCUGCGCUGGGGCAGGCGCUGAUGGGUGCAUUAACUGCACGGAGGGCUACUUCAUGGAGGAUGGGAGAUGUGUGCAGAGCUGUAGUGUCAGCUAUUACUUUGACCACUCUUCAGAGAAUGGACACAAAUCCUGCAAAAAAUGUGACACCAGCUGUUUGACGUGCAAUGGUCCAGGCUUCAAGAACUGUACGAGCUGCCCCAGUGGGUAUCUCCUAGACUCAGGAAUGUGUCAGAUGGGAGCCAUCUGCAAAGACGCAACGGAAGAGUCCUGGGCGGAAGGAGGCUUCUGUAUGCUAGUGAAAAAGAACAAUCUGUGCCAGCGGAAGGUUCUUCAACAACUUUGCUGCAAAACAUGUACAUUCCAAGGCUGAGCUUCCAUCCUAGAUUUCUUUGUUCUUGUAGACUUAUAGAUUACUCCAUAUUAUUAUUAAAAAGGAAAAAAAAAAAAGCAAAAAAAAAAAAAAAGCAAGCCACCUCUCUCUUUCUUGCUUUCUUUUUUUCUCUCUCAAUCUGUGCAGGGAGAUGGUGAACUGUUUUGUCAGAACUUAAAUGGAAAAAAAAUAAUAAACCUACAACAAGCCUACCUUUUUAUAACUGGGUGUUUAGUACUAAACAGCCAGAACCACAGAGACAGUAUUGUAUGACCAAAGCAUUUGAUGCCAAAAUUUGACGUUAAAGUAAUGAUUUGAUUUCCUGCCCUGGUUUUGAAGGUCCAUUUUUUUUCCCGUUUGCAUUUACUUGCUUGUUUUCCCUUUGAGACGCCUAAAAAUACCUUUCAAAAAGUCACAAGAGUAGACAUAGAUCAAAAUGAAACAAAAAGCUCUUGCAUUAGUCAUGUUUCAUGCUUGAGUCCAUCACUGGGGGAAAUGGUAGGAAACUGGACCUAAGGGCAUUAGACCAUCCCGCAGAGUUGUGUUCAGAGUCGUUUGUCUUAGUUUUUUGCAGUUGAACACUGAUCCUUUCCACACAAAACUUACUUCAUGCAUUAUGUGGUUUUGGCAUUGUACUCACUUGAUAAGUCUGCUCCACUGGUUUCAUCAGAUAGACUUGCUGCUACUGGCUUUUCCAUUGUAGACUGGGUGACUUUACACACGGCUGGUCAGGUGGGACUGCACUGCAUAGUCAGAUUGGUGAUGGACAGAAUGCAAAGUUACACAAAACGGCUGAGACGGACCCAGCUCCCCAGAAUCCAGAGUGUUCACUUUGUAGACCCUGCACAAUCUCUUGGUGCUAUCUAGCCAGUAUCCCCAUAGCAUUUUUUAAGGGCCACCAGAAAUUCCAUUUGUUGUGGUGGGAAGCAUUUUGGAUGUGAUGCAAGAAAUUUCUUCCUGGAGUCAAAGGUUUCUAAAAGGUCCUGUAUUUUUAAGAAAUGGAAUGGAUUUAAAUAAUAUAUAAGCUUGUGCCCAAGUUGGCCGGGCAACGUUUUUCAAUGGUGCUUAUUAAAACUUUUUUCAUCUUCUCGUUUUCAGAAAAUAAAACUAGAAAUUGAAUAUGGGCGGCAUGAUUGUACCCUCCUCGUUCUGUUAUUUCCCCACUCCUCUGUCCCUCUAUAACUGUGCUGUGAUACACCUGUAUACUGAAUGUCAUUGAGAUCCUCUGUUUUCUUGGAAAUAUCUUCACUGGUUUUCUAUGACUCCCUAAACACAUCCUGGAAUCUAGCAGACUGAAUUAUGAGCAAACUGUUUUGGAUCAGUGGUCAGAAAUUUGGAAGCCUGAUAGAUCAUUUUACCACUUCUGAGUUUCUGUUUAGGAGAAGAAAGACUGAUACCAAGUUUCCUCAUUUUCCAUAUCAAAGCUCCAUUGGUGACCUCAUUUGCUUCAAGAGUGACCAGCCAUCUUACAGACUUUAUUUUUACUUCCAAGAUGUCACUGGCCUCACAGAUGAGAAGAGGAAUGAUAUCAAUAUAGAUUAUCCUAGGAAAGAGCUGGGAAGUGGAUGCUAAGGUCCCCAUCUAAGCAACGAGUUAGUUAAAAAGCCUACCUUGACAAUAUUCAUUCCUAGACAUCCUACCCAAAGUGAAUAAUAGUCUAAUGACCCUCUUAAUUUGCACAUAAUGAGUCACAAUGAUUCAUAAGUAACUAGGGAAUCAACUGAUUUGCUGAGCAAUUUUCCCCUUCAUAACAAUGCAGGCCCUCCUGACCUGGAGAAGGCAAGUUAAUCCUAGAUAUGGCAUCUGGAGUCUUACAUUUAAAGGCACAGUCUUUAAGUGGCACAGUCUUUAAGUGGACAAAUGUAAGUGUAACCUAAGCAAGGUCAAUCAAUGGGGAAACCAGAUUUGCCUGCAAAGGAAUCCAUUUAACUGAACCAUCCAAUAAUAUUUGAGGCACAAAAGUUACUAUGAUAGGAAAGAUAAAAAUGAUGUCUGUGUUCUUAGACAAAUAACCAUCAAUAUGACAGCCAAAUUCAUUGGGGUCCACCAAAGUGUGUUCUAUUUCCCACUGACCAUGCAGGCGCACAUUGUGGAAAUAGUGGUUAAACUACUAGUGUGUUACUGCCUCGUUUAUCUACAGAAUAUUAUUAACUAGAACAUAAUGCUUUCAAAGUUUAAGUUAAUGUUAUAUAUUAUGUAUAAAUAUAUAUAUUCAUAAUGAGAUAUAUGUAAUGGAUAGUACAAAGUUGGGAGACUUAACAAAUGCUCUAACCUUCUAGAGACAAAAGUCCUAUCUUCUGUUCUCUUUUGUCCUUUUAUUUUUAAUUAGUGAUCCAUUGUUAAAUCCAAAUCCACUUUUACUGAAAAAUACUGUACAUGUGUAAAAUGUUCAGUUGUUUUUUUGUAAAAUAUAGUAGAAUGGUUGUAAUUGAUACUGGCCAAAAUCAAUGUUAUUCCAUAUUUUAUUUUUUCUAUUAAAUUAACCUAAGUUCCUGUUUA